AUGUCUAGCACUGCAGCGUCGUCGGUCAUCGGCGGCAAGGCGGCGCCGAGCGCGUCGGCGAUCGUUGCGGAGGCCGUGACUGGGUCGCACGUGCUCAAGAUCGAGGGGUACUCCCUGACCAAGGGACUCGGCAAUGGCGAGUUCAUGAGCUCCAGCACAUUCAGCGUGGGUGGCCAUCGCUGGCGUAUCAGGUACUACCCUGAUGGCGCUCGCUUAGACAGUGCCGAUUGUAUAUCCAUCUAUCUGCAGCACGAUGAAACUGCUGAUGCUGUGGACGCCAAGGCAUGGUUCAGAUUCAGCGUCGUCCUCGACGAGAUCGGUGAACCAGUGCCAAAGUUCAUCGAUGAGGGCCACUUGAAGACCUUCUCCGACAAAAAUCGGUGCUGGGGUUUGGACAAAUUCAUCGAAAGGAAGGCCCUGGAGGAAUCGGCCUGCGUGAAAGACGAUACCCUUCGAGUCCGGUGCGAUGUCACCGUCACAAAGGACAUCCGCACGGAGGCCACCGAGCAGUUCGUCGUCGUGCCGCCAUCCAACAUGCACCUGCAAUUCGGGAGUCUCCUCCAGGCCGGAGAAGGGGCGGAUGUCACCUUCGAGGUUGCCGGGGAGAAGUUCGCCGCGCACAGGUCCGUGCUGGCCGCAAGGUCGCCGGUUUUCAUGGAUGAGCUCUUCGGCCCCAUGAAGGAGAAAGCCAUGAGCUACGUACGCGUCGACGACAUGGAGCCUGGGGUGUUCAAAGCCAUGCUCCACUUCAUCUACACUGACACCAUCGCAGGUACAGAUGAGGGAGACGCGUUGGCGACCGCUCAGCAUUUGCUUGUGGCAGCAGACAGAUAUGAUCUGGAGAGGCUGAAGCUAAUGUGCGAGGAGAAGCUGUGCAACUACAUUGGCACGAGCACGGUGGUGACGACGCUGGCGCUGGCUGAGCAGCAUGGCUGCCAUGGGCUCAAGAAGGCAUGUUUUGAUUUUCUCAAGACACCAAGCCAUCUCAAGGAAGCCAUGGCUAGUGAGGGCUUUGACCAUCUCAUGAGUAGUUGCCCAUCUGUGCUCAAGGAGCUGCUGGCCAAGGUUGCUCCUUGUCCCUGA